UGCUUGCUACCUACAAUGUUGCUGAGAUCAAAACAGAAUUUAUCCUCCGCUUCUCUUCUCAUUUCUCCUCCUACUCCUCAAUUUAAGGAGGAUGAUUAUUCCAAUGUCAUUCAUACAAAUAAACCUUAUUAUCUUCCUAGGGUUUCCGAUCAAACAACUACCAAAUUCUCUCACAAACCGCACUCCCACUCACCCUGUCCUCUUCAACUCCCCGACGCUAUUCACGCCCGAUCGUCCGCUCGUGUCGACUCUGCACUACAACAACAACAACAACAACAACAACAAGAGGAGACGACGUACCUAUUGAUGAUAUUAAACUUCACUCGUUGCAUUCGGUCAGGCUGUAUGGUCAUACUGAGGGUUAUUGCCAUUCUUUCUUAUGCUUUCCUUAUUUCCCCUGGUUUUCUAAGAGGAGCAUACUAUUAUUAUACCUCAAGUCAUGUCCGCAGAGAUAUAGUCUAUGGCGAUCAACCGAGGAAUAAGCUCGAUCUGUAUUUACCAAUUAAAUCUCAUUGCCCAAAGCCAGUUGUUGUGUUUAUAACUGGAGGAGCAUGGAUUCUUGGGUAUAAAGCAUGGGGUUGUCUUUUAGGGAAGCAGCUAUGUGAAAGGGAUAUCAUUGUGGCGUGCAUAGAUUACAGGAAUUUUCCUCAAGUUAGCAUGAGCAAGAUGGUGCAGGAUGCUUCUGAAGGAAUAUCGUUUGUUUGUAAGCAUAUUGCUGAUUAUGGAGGCGAUCCUAAUAGGAUCUAUUUGAUGGGUCAAUCGGCUGGUGCACACAUUGCUUCAUGUGCUAUUGUGGAUCAAGCAAUAAAAGAAGCUGGAGAUUGCAGUCUUUCUUGGAGUGUAAAGCAGAUUAAAAUAUUUUUUGGAUUAUCUGGAGGGUAUAAUCUGUUUGAGCUCCUGGAUCAUUUCCAUAAUAGAGGUCUAUCUCGUUCUGUCUUUUUGAGAAUGAUGGAGGGUGAAGAAUCGUUGGGGCGAUUCUCUCCUGAAGUAAAAGUUGAGGAUCCUGCAAAUAGGAAAGCGGUUUCCCUUCUUCCACGCACUAUUCUUUUCCAUGGCACUCAAGACUACUCCAUUCCUUGUCACUCCAGUAAGUCGUUUGCGAAGACUCUUGAAAGGGUGGGUGUGGAAGCUGAAGCAGUUAUGUACGAGGGGAAGACGCAUACAGAUGUUUUCGUUCAGGAUCCUAUGAGGGGUGGGGAUGAUGAAAUGGUGCGUGAUUUAGUGGCGGUUAUCCAUGCCGCAGACGAGGAAGCCCUCGAUAAAGAUGACAAGGCUCCGCCAAGUAAACGCCUUGCACCGGAAUUCAUGUUGAAGCUUGCUAGAAUUGUUAGCCCUUUUUAAACCAAAACUUUCUAGAUCUUCUUUCUUUGCUUCUUGUUGUAGUUGGUUAAACUGUAUAUAAACUCUCAAGAACGGUAUUGCUGUUGUUUGUUUAGGUAUAGUUUUAUAAAAUCUUAUCACUUUGUCAAA